CAUAUAAAUGUCAAAAAGAUCGCGGUUUGAAAGUUUGAAAACAGCAGCUGAAGAAGUAGAAUUGCAUCAAAAACAUAUUACAACUAAAUAUUUGUUAAUAAAAUCACUAGAAUGGAUUACUCAAAGUUUGGAAAUAUGAUGGAAAAGAAUCGCAUAAGCAGUUUUAAAAAAUGGCCAUUUGACGAUAGCAGUGCAUGCAGCGCAAAAAAGAUGGCCGAAGCGGGAUUUUACUGGAGCGGUAAUGAUCGCGAACCAGAUACAGUUACUUGCUAUGUUUGCAAUAAAACUCUCGAUGGGUGGGAACCAUCUGAUGAUCCAUGGAAGGAGCAUGCAAAGCAUGCGCCACAAUGCAGUUUUGUUAAGUCGGGACGAAAGGAGGCUGAAUUGACGGUUCAAGAAUUCAUCAAUAUAUGUAAUGUUGCAAUAAAAGCACGUAUAAAUCAAAAUUUAAAUAAAACUUUAGAAGACUUCCGAAAGUGGGCAGAAAAGGAGAAGGAAAAAGUAUUGCUCGGCAAAUGAAAAAAAAAAUAGUUAUUUAAAUUACAUGAUAGUUUAGGGAUUACAUAUUAAGAAUUAAUAAACAUAAAUAUGAGCUUAAAUUCGUUAUCGUUGUAAAUGUGUGGAAUAUUUUAUGCUUCGCUAAUGUGUUAGUUGCAAUAAAUUAUGAUAAUUGUAUUUACUAAAUA